AUGCCGCACGCAGGAGGCGCUGCCGCUGCUGCUGCAUCAAUUCUGACGCGCUGGCCGGACCCGCCGGGUUUCAGCGCCCCUCCCCGCUCGGGGCGUGGCCGGACGCCGCUGUUUGGAUUUAAACGUAGCAGCGGGAGGGGGCGGGCUCGGCCGGCGGAUCCCGGCUCCCGGCUGCGGCUCCGGGCUGCGGCUCCCGGCUCCGCCAUGGUGGUGCCGGCGCGGCGGGUGAAGACGGAGUACAUGAAGCGCUUCAAGGAGCCCAAGUGGGAGUCGUGCGGGGCCUGCUACCUGGAGCUGCUGCACUACCGCCUGAGCCGCCGGCUGCUGGAGCAGGCGCACCGGCCCUGGCUCUGGGACGGCUGGGAGCAGGACAGCGGCAGCGGCGGCGGCAGCACCGCCGGGUCUCCUUCGCCGCCGGGCGCCGGCAGCCCCGCGGCCGCACGGGAGGAGGAGGAGGCGGCGGCGGGAGCGGCAGCGCCGAGCGAGGCGGGACGGGCGAGCCCCGGUAGGGAGCGCGGCGGUGGCGGGGGGGACACGUGUGUCCGGCGAGGCCGUGCUGCCCUGCCCUUCUCGGCGGGGUCGGCACUGAUGGCUCUGCCCGGGUCGCCCUGCCGCUCCUUGGGACCGAUCCCGGACCCCAGGAGCUCCCGGGCCCGGCGGGGUGACCGUGCGGGGGCACCCGGCCACCGCCUGGAAGAUCAAGAAAAGCAGGAGAAGGAAGAGCAAGAGAAAACUGUAGAACAUACUUCUGUGAAGGAAGCAGACAAAACCAGCCGUACAGGACGACGUCCAAGUCGAAGUGCCUUGUCCAGUCGUAAUGAUCGAAAAUCAGCUAAAAGUCCCCAAAGGACAGAUGCACCAAAGGAAAAUAAACAUCCAUUUGCUCUGUAUGGGUGGGGAGAACGACAGACGGAUACUGGGAGCCAGAAAACUCACAAUGUUUGUGCUUCUGCUUCGGUGAAUGAAAUCCACGAAUCUGCUCUGCGAGCAAAGAACAGGAGACAAGUGGAGAAGAGGAAGCUUUCUCAGAGGCGAGUGCGGUCAGCAGAGGCAGAAAACACCUGGCGAACAAAGCCCUCCCCAGCAGACAACCCCUGGAUGACAGAGUACAUGAGAUGCUACUCAGCAAGAGCUCUCUGAACCUGGAUUCCCACAGGCAUCCUCAGAAGAAGUUACGCAUAUCAGGACACUGGUGCAAGGAACCAAACCACUUAUGCAAGGUUUUUAUAGAGAGUUUCCAGCUGUUAAAAUAUUUGUUACAAUGUUUUUAUCUUGGCUACCUACCUCACAGUGGGGUGUAUCCUUGGAGCCAUAACAUUGAAGAGGCUUUUAGAUAUAACUACCCAAACUUUUAAACAAUUCCCCUUUUGGGAAUUUUUCUAAUGCUUCAGUUAGUUUGUUUUGAGGGUGGGAGGGAGAACCUUAGCAUAUAUGGUGUCAAAGCAAACACUUUUUAAAUCAGGGUUACAAGUAAUCUGUUUUCCCUUAUUUAAAGUUCAAGUCAUGGGGAGAUGGUAUUGGGGAAAGACUUUAAAGGACUGAUGGAGGUGCCUUUGUAUUUAUAAAAAUAUUUAACACUUCUGUGAAAAUAAGCAUAUGAAGACAGGCAACAGGAAGCCAGUGUGCCUGGUAAUUAGCACUAAUAAAUGUUGAUGCUUUAGGCAGGCAAAUACCAAGUAUUGUCUGUACACAAAAACUUUAAAAAUAGCAGCAAAAGACCCCAAACAAAAACAACCUUGUUUGGUUAGUGAACCUGCUGAUGCUAACUUUUGUCACUGUUUCUAAAGUCAUUAGAAUAAAUCGGUCAUUUUCAGGGCAAGAAACAGCUACAGGAUUGUUUUGCUGUAGCUGUUCCUGUUGUACCAAAUAACUAAUGUAGACAAUCAUUAUCUGAUAGCUGCCACUCAAUAAGCAGUUACUUGUUCUACAAAUAUAGAGUUGUACCACUGUACUAAUCUCGUGGUCACACUUAGUCUGUACUUAAUCAUGUAAAUGCAUUUAUUGAAGGAGAGGGCUGGCUCCUUUCUGGUGAGGUCUAUUUUUAACACUUCAGAGUAUCUAUUAAUGCUCAGCGGGGGUCAGAGUGCAAUAUGCAUUCCGCUUGGAGGUAUUGUACAAGUAUAUUGUUAAAGGGUUUAAACUUGAAAAUUGUAUUGAUAAAACUUGUAGAUGACAUCCUGAGAAACUUGCUGCCUCUUGAAAUUGGUGCAGAACCCCUCAUUUAUGGGGGGAUGGGGAGGGGGUAAGGGCUAGGGAAAGGAAUGCAUCCUUUAGUAAACAAGAACAUAUAAUGAAGUUUGAACGUUUUUGUUUUGUAGGUCCUACUUCUAGAUAGUAAGACAGUCAUUGUGAUAUCCUUGGUGGUUUUGUUUCCCUCAGGUGGCUGUAAAUUAUCUUUUUUUCAGUUUGCUAACUAUGCUUUAGGCAGAUGAUUGCUGUAGUUGUGAGCUUCAAAGUUUUGUUCAGAUAUGUUGUGUUUUAGUUACAUAUGUUGGUUAUCCCAGUUUAAUUGUUUUGAAGCUUGUGUUUUACAGGUUGGACACAUUCCCACAGGAAGCAUACUUGCACUUCUGCAGCAGAAACCUGCACUAGUUUUAGCUUCAUUCCACAAUCUCAGUGAGUAAGGAGGACUCUAGAAUUACUAUUGCAACAGAGUACACUGCUUAGCGAAAAGUCUGAUUGUGUUCUUGAAGAAAGUAAUUGCACAAAGGGUCCAAGCACUGCUGCCUCCUAGUGUCUAUUACAUCACUAAAGGUUUCAUCACACACAAUUUAAAUUUUGUUAAAAUAUCCUAGAAUCCAUGAAAUCAUGAUAUUUUUUUAACCAGCCUUUUAAGCAUAAAGCUAUAAAAAUACAGACAACUCUUGCUGAAGGCUACCUAUUUAAGAUCUUACAGCUUUUAAGUCUGGGAAAGCACAGCAUGAUUGUUUCAUAUGCAGCAAAAUCACUGUAUUUCAACUUAUAAGUAAACGACAGGCUAGAACUUCCUGAAACUUUAGAACAGUGCCCAAAAACUACUCCAGGGAAUGCCUUUACUCCAUAUGAGAUUAUUUUGAUUUCCUUUUAUGCUGUGUUUUCCUCUUUAAAUAACUGCUGUAAAUAUGCUUAGCUUGCUUCGGAUGCUGUUGCAAUUCCAGAAGCCACCCAAGCUUUGCACAACAGUGUCAAAGCACCAGCUCAGUAGUGUUUAACAGCCUUAUUCAAUAAAAACUUGCCUGUUCCUGUCGCCCCCAGGCUUUGUAGGCUUUAUGUAACCACAGCAGAUGGAUUGUGCCCUCAGUGUAUUUUGUCACAUUCAACAGUUCCCUUGACUGUGCAGGGCAGGAUUCAUCUUGCCAUGCUUUUGAAGAUAGCUUCUACAGUUCUCUCUUCCCACAGGGAAUGGAGGAGCCAGGAUGACUAUGUGCCUGUCUUAAGUACCUGUGUUUGGAUAAGAUGUAUCUCCCAUUGUGUUGAUGUUUUCAGUAAUUAUAGGAGGCCUAAGUGUCUUCUGCCUUGGAUAGGGGAACCAAACUUAAACCAUCUCCAACAGGCCUGUUCAGGUGAUCAAAUGAGACUUUUCUACAGCAUCAAGGCUGCUGUAUACUGAGGAAAUUGUCUAGUCCUAAUCCUUGUCUGGUCAAGAGCUGUUCCCCACAAAGACCACUUGCUAGAGACAGCAGAGACACUAACAAGGUCUUGUGAGUCAUUGUUGUGCUUUUUCAAAUGGUCUGUAGCCAAAACAAUCCUGGGUGCUAUGUUGGUACUAUCUGGGUUUAAGUAAUUACAAUGCCUGAAGUGAGGGUAAAUUAUUCUGCAAAUCAGGUAGCCUUCCUGCAUUUGGGCAUUACUUGACUAAAAAGCUACUAUUUUGCAUAGACUACAUGAAGUAGUAUAGUUCUGAUCACUGCAAGCUCUAUGCGAAAAGUAUUUGGUCUGGAAAACUGCUGGGUUUUGAAGUUACCAAUUAAAUUGUAAAGCGAAACUUUUCAGAUGUAAAAGCUUUAAGUGUAUUCUAUAGAUUACUACAGGAGGUGGCCAUUUCCUUCAAAUUGGACUCACUGAAAAGUAGAAAAGCUAGUGAAUGUCUCCCUAUCAAUUAAGGAAUUUCUAAACUUUGUCUUGCAUGGACUCUUGAAUUUAGCCAAGUGGUGAACACUUCUCACUCCUGUUUUAGAAGUAAAAUUCUUUGGUAAGAACACAGUAAAUACUUAAUUGUCCAAAGUCUUCAUUAAAAUGACUGUUUCUUCUUUUGUUUCUGAAAGUACUUAGCUAAGUGAAGCAAGAGUUUUACAAUGUGUAAUGCUGCAGUUUAACUAUAGUGUUGUGAAGACUAGUGUUUACAGUGUAAAAUGUUACCAUGAAAACUGCUUAAGAAUGUACUGUAAAAUACAGUAGCAUGCCUGUUCAGUCACUGCUGUCACAUCUUUGCAACUAUGAAAUACAAACUUUUUCACAGGAAGCUGAGAUAGAAGUCAAGGUGAUAGCUAAACUUAAAGCCAACCUUAACAAAAACGAGGGACAGUUUCUGGUAAGAAUUUUAUCCAGGUAGCACAUGGAAAUUUAAAUUGGAUUUUUAACACAUAGGGUAGUGUAUCUGUACUCAUUUUUUAUGGUAUAAUGUAGUGCCACUGAAUUAUAAAGGCCUCUCUGACUACUUUUUUUUUUUUUUUUUACUGUGAUAGGGACCAAAUGCUAGCAAUCUGAGGGCCUAAUGUGUGGUAACCUGGAUGUUCCAGUUUCUUUUCCAGCUCAGUUAGUGCACUCAGCAGCAAAGCCAUAAAUGGAGCAUGACUCAACACCUUGACAAGCAGCCCCAUGAAAUUAGGGGUACAAGUGAAUGGGAAGCUGCCUCAGCUAUUGUUAGCACUGAAUUCACUUUAAAAACAGUAGGGAAAUACCAUCUAAGCUUGAAGCAAUAUGUGUUUUUUUAAAGUUUUUAAACAGUAUUUGUUUUUAAUGCUUCUGUAUUGUCUAUUAUUAAUAGUGUAGUGUCAACUUGUAUAUGUGAAUAAAAUGAGUGACACAAAGUGCCUGGA